AAAAUCGAAUGGUGAAAUGCAAGAAUUUCAACAGAAUUUCGAUGAUCAAGAAAAAGAUCACAACGAGGACGAAACGAUCAUUGUCGUCGAUAUUGUUCCAUCACAAUUUCAACUUCGUUCGUCUGAUAGUCCACCUCAUAGUCCAUCACACAGUUCACGUCAUACCCCAUCACCAGGAAGCCUAUCAAAAACACCAGAAAAAGGAAGUAGCUCGUCAGACGAUCAUCAAUUAACUCAACAACCAUUAUCUUCUAUGGACCCCAAUAUUCGAAGAUAUAGAACGGCUUUCACUAGAGAACAAUUGUCCCGAUUAGAAAAAGAAUUUCAUCGUGAGAACUACGUUAGCAGACCACGAAGAUGUGAACUUGCUUCCCAAUUACAUUUACCAGAAUCAACAAUUAAGGUAUGGUUCCAAAAUCGUCGAAUGAAAGACAAACGUCAACGUAUGGCGAUGGCAUGGCCAUACGCUAUGUAUGAUCCAACGUUAGCUGCCAGCUUGUUCGCAGCAGCCACUGGAUCGUUACCACCAACAUAUCAUGGAACGACGCACUUAGCAUCAUCAUAUCCAGCUGCUGCGGCAGCAGCAUACUAUGCAGCAACUCGAUAUUCUCCCUAUCCAAGUACAGUUUGUCCCACCACCUCAGCAUCCUCCCUCCACAGGCCACAACCGCGGACUGCGGCAACCUAUCCUACGACUCACUCCCAUUUAAUACACCAUACACUCCUACCUCCCCUCCAUUUAACCGGAUUGGGCGUUCCAAGUGUUGGCAGUACCGCCUUUCAAAUCAACGGAGCUACGACUGCUAACGAAACAGCUACUUAUAGGCCACCGUUAUUAAGUCCAGUAGCAACACUCACAGAAGGAAGCAUUUUAAGGACAACGCCAACAUCAAAUUCAACUACGGAACUAACCAACGGUUUGACAGAUACAAAAAAAAAUGACUCGCAGAAUAAACCAUAUUGGAUUUUGGUGAUAAUUUUUGGUUACAUCUGAUCGAGCGAAACAUCACCCAUUGCUUAACACUCUC